CGCCCAGUCAGCAAGGUUGCGCGUGCCCCCGUGCGACCGCCAAGAUGGUGGUGGGCGCGUUUCCUAUGGCGAAGCUGUUAUACCUGGGCAUCCGGCAGGUCAGCAAGCCUCUUGCCAACCGUAUUAAGGAAGCCGCCCGUCGCAGCGAGUUCUUCAAGAACUAUAUCUGCCUCCCGCCGGCUCAGCUGUACCACUGGGUGGAGAUGCGGACCAAGAUGCGCAUCAUGGGCUUCCGGGGCACAGCCAUCAAGCCGCUGAACGAGGCCGCCGCGGCCGAGCUGGGCGCCGAGCUGCUGGGCGAGGCCACCAUCUUCGUGGUGGGCGGCGGCUGCCUGGUGCUGGAGUACUGGCGCCAGCAGGUGCAGCAGCGCAACAAGGAGGAGCAGCAGCGCGCGGCCUGGGACGCGCUGCGGGACGAGGUGGGCCGCCUGGGGCUGGCGGUGCAGGCGCUGGAGGCGCAGGCGGGGCCCGGGGGCGCGCUGGAGGAGCUGCGGGCGCAGGUGCGCGAGGUGCGCGCCCAGCUCGGCGCCCAGGGCGCGGCGGCCCAGGCGGCGUCUGCCGCCAAGAAAUAGGAGGCCCCGGAGCCGGACUUGGAUGUGAGCCUGAGCGCCGCCUGGCCUCUCCCGGCGCCACCCUGCCUGUGCUGGCCUCGCGGAAACCACGGACCUCGGCACGGCCCCUCCCCCCCGGCGGGGGGCCGUCCAGCACGCCCCCAGCCUCGCGCUGGUUGGGUCAGUCCAUAGAGCUCAUCUCUCCACCCCUCACCCCAAACCACGGACCCCCGCGGGCAGGACGGCACAGCUGUCCCCUGACAGAAGGAAAAGGGAGCCUGGACUUGAGCCGAACCCGCCUGCCGAGCCCCUUACUUGAUCAGGGCUCCCUGCCCGGAGCACUCGCCCUCGGACUGGACCCGAGCACCCGCCUUCCUUUCGCCGUGGGGCGUCAGCGGACUUCAUCCCCUCAGGUGGCUCUUUGAGGGAGGGGAAGGGACCCCGCUUGUCUGUCUUUCCCCUUAACCAGAUCCCUGCUACCUCCAGGAGUGGGGUGCACAGCAGGACCCCUCAGCCUGUCUGUGGGGCCACCUGGCGGAAUGGCAGUGCAGGGGCUUCUGAGGUGCUGCUCUCCCAACCCCCUUCAGUGGUGGAAGAGCUGGACCUGCCCAGGGCUCAUCCAGCUGCCUUCCAGCCUCGCCCCCGCGUGGGUCCCCAUUCCCCCCCACUCCCCCCACCCCCUUCUCUUAGGCCAUUCCCGCUGCCCCGUGCCCGCCUCAGCCAGUGGCCUGCCUCGGGGGCCACGGCCACGGGCGAGCUGAGCAUGACCCCUUGUUCCAAAUCUGGCCAUCUCUGCUCUUGUCCUCUCAGGGCUCGGCGGUGCCCAGCCCCCUCCCGCGGAGAUGCCUGUCCGAGCCUCACCCCCACCCGCUGGUCAAGGCUGCUCACUGGCCUGCUUCCCGGCCGACAUCACAGCCCCCUGGACUUGGUGGCUUAGGACAAGGCUUUAUUCUCUGUCCUGGGGGCCAGAGGCCCAAAAUCAAGGUGUCCACAGGGCCAUGUAUCCUUGGAAGACUGGAGAGGGAGAGCCCUCCUGGCCUCUCCAGUUUCUGGGGUGCCCAGGGACCCUUGACUUGUUUGAGUAGUAUCCCCAGUCUCCACCUUGGUCUUCUCAUGGCCUCCUCCUCUUGUCUCUUAUAAAGACACAAAAUCUUGAAUCCUGCCUGACCAAAGUCCUGAGUCCUCUGAUCAAAGAAUUUAGGGCCCCAAGUCUGGGAUGAUUUCAUUUAGUAAUCCUCACCUUAAUUACGUCUGCAAAGAUAUUUUUUCCAAAUAAACUCAUUUGCAGGUCUCAGGGGUUAGGAUGUGGGCAUACCUUGUUUUUUUUUGGGGGGGGGAGCAACAUUCAACCCACUACAUCUCCCCACCCCUAGUUCUUUCCCAGGUGGGGAAGCUGAGGCAGAGGGGCUUGCCCAGAGCCGGCCAGUGAGGGGCUGUCCCAGGUGGUGCACUUGUAGGGAGCAGGUGCGAGCAGUGAGGGAGAACCCACCAGGAGCUGGGUGAGGAAGGAGAGACUUCUGCGAGAUGGGACCUCCCCAGGGAGGCCAAGGCAUCCCAGGGGCAGUCUGAGGGGGUGCAGCGGGGAGAGGGGUCAUAGGGAAACUCAGUCUCAUAUAACAUCAGCCUCAGAUCACCCCCAAGGGAUCCCUUCCACCUGGGCUCCUUCCCAGGAGUCAGCAGGUGAAGUGGGGGGUCCCUUCCCGCCCUCGCUGCGCCUCAGCUCACUCCCCCUUCAGGGUGCUGAGACCUGCCCAAAUGGAAAAAGAGGAAACUUUACGGGUUCCAAAGCAGCAUAUCAGUUCCUUCUAGAAGAGGGGGAGAAGCUGGUAGAGGGUGCUGAGGAGGUGGGCCCUGGGUGGGGGUGUCUUUAAAAUGGGAGGUGACCUGAGCGGGCUAGUGACGAGGGGAAGAAGGCAAAAGAUGCAGACCUGUGUGCGGAGGGAAGCGGCUGCCCGGCCCGUGCCUGGUGUCCAUGGUCGCCCACGGCACUGGCCGGGGAGCACAGGCAGCAGGCGGCCAGGGCUGUCCAGCGCGGUCGUCACUGCAGCAGAGCCGGGUUAUUGAGGCCUCCUCAGGUCCCGGGCACUGUUCUAAGUGCUGUACGUGACCUGUGGCAUUUGCCGAGUGUCGCUGGUGAGCAGUGAGGCACGGGGACAGGCACCUGCUCUCGGGGAGAGGCAGAGGUGGGUGUGAAGGUGGCCGUCAGAUGGGCCAGAGCUGGGGCUCCUAACCCGGCACGCCCCAAGCCUGACCCAGCGCCGCCCUCGCCCCUCCGGACUCAGGCCUCAGCCAUGACUGUCCUGACCGAGGCCAGUCCCCUUCACCCGCUGGGUGGGCCGGAUCAGGUGUGGCGUGGAGAGAUUCCGCUCUCAAAGGCGCCAGGCCCCACCAUGCGCCGCCGCCCUGGCGCCUCAGGAGUUCAUAUCUUGUAUGCGUUUGUGACCUGGGGAGAGGGCUUAGAAUAAAUUUGUAAUUCAAGUCUGUUGUCUUCAAGUUGGUGUGAUUUCAGUCCACCCCGCCCCCCCCAAGAAAUCCUUUGGACCCUUGGAAGAAAUGGCCUUUGUUUAUUCCUUUAUUCAGGAACGGGUCACUGAGGGUCACUCUGUGCUCUGCCCUGUACCAUGUUGGGGUCACAGUGUGACAGACCCACUCUGCUCUCGCAGGCCUUCGGUCUAGUGGGAGAAGGGGGACAGGGGCAGAAGGCACACAACUCAGCCGGGGUCUCGGGGACCCAGCGGACAGGCCCUGCACAGAGCAGACGCUGACUCCGGAGUCUGAGAAGAGGCAUCAGCUUUCUUUGUGAAUCACUGGGCAGGAAAGCCGGGGAUCAAGUCAAAUCUACCUCCACUACUGAGCAAGGGAAUGAAGUCAUACAGGUUUGGGGGACCAGGCUUGAAACAAAGGCACCGACUUCCUGGCCGAAGAGCAGUUAGGAGCAAAGAAAGGCUCGCGUUGUCCAGUGAGCCUGGACGAAGCUCAUGGGCCUGUCACAGGGCCGUUUCUACGUGAGGGCGAGGGGGCUUUUCUUCAGAACACCAGUGUUGAGUUUGUGCCCGUCCCCGCCUCUCUGUUCUGUCCCCAGCAGGCUCGAGCUGAGCUCAGGGUUGUCGACAAACCUCCUCGGCCUUUGCUGUGCCGGUAAAAGCAAGUCUCAGGAAACAGUGCGGCCCAGUCUGUCUCGGGGCAGGUGGACCGCUUGCCCCGGUUUUGCUGACUGUGUUGGUUCCCCUGUUGGGCAGGCCCCAGCCUGGAGAAGGGCCAGGAUGCCGCGAGCAUCCUCCGAGCCCUGCCUGACCCACAGGGCCAUGUACUGGCACCCUGGAUGCUGAAGGGCCGGGCCCGGGUCCCCUGGCUCAGUGGACAAAGGGAGAGGAGAAGACUGACCAAAGACAGGAGCACCGUCCACCUCCCCUCCGCUGUCUGCACUCUCUGGAGUGUCCCCUGAGCGCCUGCUGUGCGCCAGGCCUGGCCACCUGGCGGCUGGGGACAGCCAGAAGCCGGCCUGUGUGGAGCUGGGUCCACUGUGGGCCUCCAGGAGCAGGCCGGCGAGGGCUGCGUGGCUGACUUAGGGCAGGUUGUGGGAGGAGGCGCGGUCCAGAUCACCUGGAGGCCGCCAGCAGGGAGUGAGGAAGGGCGAUGGGAUGGGGUCCACCGGAGUUCUGCUGUCCACACCGGGCUGGGGCUUGAGGGCCAAAUCCAGCUGGCCUGCUGCCUGACUUUGGAAAUAAAGAUUUACCGGAACACAGCGUGCUCAUCCA